AUGACUCCCCCAGAGGAAGACCCUCUCAACCUCAAACAAUUCAAAACAACUAUCGUCGAACAAAAGAAACAAUGGAUCCCAUACUCCAGCGGCGACGAAAAGCUCAGCGGCUUCUACAAACAGCAGAAUGAAAUGAUCGAAGGGUUUCUUUCCAGCGGUGACGAAGAACGCCUCAAGGCCGAGGAUGAAGCCCAAAACGGCGGCAAAGUCAAGCUAGCCGUGCGUGCCAGCUUCGUGGUCAACUUCUGCCUCUUCAUCAUCCAACUGUACGCAGCUAUUUCUACCGGGUCCCUUGCUCUAUUCGCCACGGCUGCAGAUGCUUUCAUGGAUCUCGUCUCGUCAAUCGUUAUGCUCGUCACAUCGCGCAUGUCCUCGCGCCCAAAGCCAUACAAAUACCCUGUGGGACGCCGUCGAGUGGAAACAAUGGGUGUCAUCAUGUUCUGCGCACUGAUGACCAUUGUAGCAGUGGAGUUGAUCAUCGAAUCAGCCAAGUCCCUUGCAGCUGGCGAGACCGAGUCCAAGCAGUUGGCUCUCGUGCCGCUGAUCUGUGUUGGCGUUGCGAUCUUCUCCAAGUUCGUCAUGUUCUUGUACUGCUUCGGGCUGCGUCGGUACCCGGCUGCACACGUCUUCUACAUUGAUCACCGUAAUGACCUGGCUGUCAAUGGAUUCGGAUUGAUCAUGGCUAUCAUUGGUGAUCGUUUCGUAUGGUACCUUGACCCAAUUGGUGCGUGCUGCAUUGCGCUGCUCAUUCUGUUCUCUUGGGCGUCUACCGCAUUCGAGAAUAUGUGGUUGAUCGUGGGGAAGUGUGCGCCACGCGAGUUCGUGAACAAAUGCAUUUACGUUACUUUGACUCACGACCAGAGAAUCCAGAAGGUGGACACGUGCCGUGCCUAUCACUCCGGGCAACAGCUUUAUGUUGAAGUUGACAUUGUCAUGGACCCGGAGACUAAGCUCCGCGAGUCUCAUGAUGUGAGCCAAGCCCUGCAGCGCAAGUUGGAAGGUCUUGCCGACGUAGAGCGAGCCUUUGUGCAUGUCGACUAUGACUAUGAGCACGAUAUCAAUGAGGAACACAGGCCUCUCUAUGACAUCGGCGGACCCGGACAUUCUAUCAGAGCUUUGUUGAAACGCGUGUUUGCCAAAAAGAAGCAGCAGACGGACGAUGGACCCAUUGUUUAA